AUGACGACCCUCUUCAACGCGCCACCCCCUCAGUUCACCUUUGACACCCACCUCCACACCAUCCUCCCGACCCUCGGUGCUCCCUCGAAGACACACCGUCCUCUCUGUCAAGACUAUCUCUCUUCCAACGGCACAACUUGCCCACGAGGUGCCUCCUGCCCGGACCGCCACUACAUUCCUGUCGCCGACCGUAGUGGAGUAGGCCAUUUGAUCUGWAAACAUUACCAACGCGGCCUCUGCAAAAAGUCCGAGGGCGGAACUUGCGACUUCGCACAUACUUUCAACCUUCGAGAUGAGCGGGAAUGCAAGGAAUUCUCCCGSUACGGAAUUUGCGCGCAAGGGGAGGAAUGCACGUCUUUACACGUAGCUGGUCCAGGCUCCGAGGCUAGACGGCAAGCUUGUCCGCAUUAUGCGCGGGGAUUCUGUCCGCUGGGUCCAGCGUGUGCGUUGAGACAUGUGAAGCAUGAGAAGUUGUGUCGAUUCUUCCUGGCGGGAUUCUGUCCGAACGGGAGGGCGCAUCCUCCGGGAGCGGAUCGCGUUGUGAGUUGUGAGUUUGGGGCGCACGCGAGGUGGGUGAGGGAUGAGGAUUUGAAUCCUAAGAAGCCGGAGGUGCGAAGGGAAGUCGAUGUGGAGCAAGCGAGGAGAGAGCAGGAGGAGAGGGAGGAGGAGUUCUUUGCGGAGGAAGAGCGGAGACGGGAGAGGUUUGAACGGGGUGAAGGUGGGAGGGGUGGAUGGAGAGGGAGGGGAGGUGGGUUUAGAGGUGGAAGAGGAAGGGGAGGUGGACGGGGAAGGUAUUGA